UUCGAAGAGCGGCGGGAAGCGGGAGGUGACACCUGUCACUAGGCCCGGGUUCUCCCGAGCGCGGGGGCGCUGGGACUAUGCUGUUCCCUAAACACCCGGCGAGGCAUGACUCUUCCGCGCCGGAGUGGGAAGCGGCGGCGAUCAGCGUCGGACUCAGACUCGUUCCCGGGAGGCGGCGGUGACCGCGGCGCGAGCCCGCAGCCCCCCGCGGGGCCGGCGCUGAGCCCGCCCCCGGGCCUGGGACGCAGCCUGACGGCCGCAGGACUAUGCAAGCAAACACUUCCUGAGGACCAACUAGACAAGCUGUUAUUGGCAAAUUGGGGACUUCCUAAAGCAGUUCUACAGAAAUAUCACAGUUUUGGUGUAAAAAAGAUGUUUGAAUGGCAGGCAGAAUGCCUUUUGCUUGGACAGGUCUUGGAAGGAAAGAAUUUAGUUUAUUCAGCUCCUACAAGUGCUGGGAAGACCCUUGUUGCAGAAUUACUUAUUUUGAAGCGCGUUUUGGAAAUGCGGAAGAAAGCUUUAUUUAUUCUUCCCUUUGUUUCUGUGGCUAAAGAGAAGAAAUACUAUCUCCAGAGUCUGUUUCAAGAAGUAGGAAUAAAAGUGGACGGCUAUAUGGGCAGUACCUCUCCAGCAGGUCAUUUCUCCUCCUUGGAUAUUGCUGUCUGCACAAUUGAGAGGGCCAAUGGUCUGAUCAAUCGCCUCAUAGAGGAAAAUAAGAUGGAUCUGUUAGGAAUGGUGGUCGUGGAUGAGCUACAUAUGCUGGGAGAUUCUCACCGAGGGUAUCUGCUGGAACUUCUGCUCACUAAGAUUUGCUACCUUACUCAGAAAUCAGCAUCUCGCCAGGCAGAUUUAGCCAGUCCUCUGUCUAAUGCUGUGCAAGUUGUUGGCAUGAGUGCCACUCUUCCUAAUUUGGAGGUUGUAGCUUCCUGGUUGAAUGCCGAACUCUACCAUACUGACUUUCGUCCUGUACCACUUUUGGAGUCAAUAAAAAUUGGAAAUUCCAUUUAUGACUCUUCAAUGAAACUUAUAAGGGAAUUUCAACCCAUGCUACAAGUGAAGGGAGAUGAGGAGCAUGUUGUUAGUUUAUGUUAUGAGACUGUUUGUGAUAACCAUUCAGUAUUACUUUUUUGUCCAUCAAAAAAAUGGUGUGAGAAGCUGGCAGAUAUCAUUGCUCAAGAGUUUUACAGUCUACACCAUCAAGCCAAGGGAGUAGCAAAACCAUCUGAAUUUACACCACCGAUUCUGGAACCAAAGAGCCUCCUGGAAGUAGUAGAUCAAUUGAAACGUUCACCUUCAGGACUGGACUCUGUGUUACAAAAAACUGUACCAUGGGGAGUAGCAUUUCAUCAUGCAGGUCUUACUUUUGAGGAGCGGGAUAUCAUUGAGGGAGCCUUCCGUCAAGGUCUCCUUCGGGUUCUGGCAGCAACUUCUACUCUUUCUUCUGGGGUGAAUUUACCCGCUCGUCGUGUGAUUAUUCGGACUCCUAUUUUCAGUGGUCACCCUCUCGACAUUCUUACUUACAAGCAGAUGGUUGGUCGUGCUGGCAGGAAAGGAGUAGACACAACGGGUGAGAGUAUCUUAAUUUGUAAGAACUCUGAGAAAUCAAAAGGCAUAGCUCUACUUCAGGGAUCCUUAAAACCUGUUUGCAGCUGUCUGCAAAGACAGGAUGGAGAGGAAGUAACUGCCAGUAUGAUUCGAGCUAUUCUGGAGAUAAUAGUUGGUGGAGUGGCAAGUACAUCACACGAUAUGCAGAUUUAUGCAUCUUGCACAUUUUUGGCUGCAAGUAUGAAAGAAGAGCAGCAGAGAAUUCAGAAAAAUCAAGGCUCUGUUCAACUUGGAGCAAUUGAAGCCUGUGUGAGGUGGCUACUGGAAAAUGAAUUUAUUCAGAUUACAGAAGCCAGCAAUGGGACAGAAGGAAAUGUGUAUCAUCCAACACAUCUUGGUACAGCUACUCUUUCUUCUUCACUUUCUCCAACUGAUACCUUAGAUGUUUUUGCUGACCUCCAAAGAGCAAUGAAGGGCUUUGUUUUAGAGAACGACCUUCAUAUUGUCUAUCUGGUUACACCUAUGUUUGAAGAUUGGACAAGUAUUGAUUGGUAUCGAUUUUUUUGUUUAUGGGAGAAGUUGCCAACUUCUAUGAAAAGGGUAGCAGAGCUGGUGGGAGUUGAAGAAGGGUUCUUGGCUCGCUGUGUGAAAGGAAAAGUAGUAGCCAGAACUGAGAGACAACACCGACAAAUGGCCAUCCACAAAAGGUUUUUCACCAGUCUUGUGCUAUUAGAUUUAAUCAGUGAAAUUCCCUUAAAGAAAAUUAUUCAGAAAUACGGAUGUAAUCGUGGACAGAUCCAAUCUCUGCAGCAAUCAGCUGCUGUUUAUGCAGGGAUGAUUACAGUGUUUUCCAACCGUCUGGGCUGGCACAACAUGGAACUGUUACUUUCCCAGUUUCAGAAGCGCCUCACCUUUGGCAUCCAGCGGGAGCUGUGUGACCUGGUCCGGGUGUCCUUACUUAAUGCGCAGCGAGCCAGGUUCCUCUACACUUCUGGCUUCCUUACUGUGGCAGAUCUUGCUAAGGCAAAUGUUGCUGAGGUGGAGGUGGUUCUGAAAAGAGCUGUGCCCUUCAAAAGUGCCCGAAAGGCAGUGGACGAGGAAGAGGAAGCAGUUGAAGAACGUCGGAAUAUGGGAACAGUUUGGGUGUCUGGCAGAAAAGGUUUAACUCCAAGAGAAGCAGCAGUCUUGAUAGUGGAUGAAGCCAAAAUGAUCCUGCAGCAGGACUUAGUUGAAAUGGGAGUUCAGUGGGAUUCCUGUUCCCCUUUAAGUGCUGGUACAUACUCACUGACUGGGAGUGAGUCAGAGGAGAAGGAACACACACUUGUACUACAGGCUCCAGGUUGUCGCAAACAAUUAACACCAAAGAACAAAAGUAAUACAAGAUUUAGUGACACUUAUGUUAGUAAUUCACCAAAUACAGUGGAAGAUUUAGAUAAAAGAAGAGAGCACACAAAUUCCUUUCACUGUAAGCUCCAGAAUAGUAAUCAGGGGCAUAGGAGAGAUUCCAUUUUCAGAGGAAGAAAACGGGCUUCUUUGGGCCUAAAAAAAGAGAAGCCCAGAACUUUUCUGAACGAGGGAAAAAUGAGCACUAGGAAAGUUGUUCCAGUCUCAUUAGGGAAAACAAAAAAAGCAACUUUGAAUUUUAGUUCAGACCAGAUGAGCCCAAGUUUUCUAUGUUGGAAACUUAGAAAGUGCCAAAAACAAUCCCGGGACAGAAGUCCUGUGACUGACUCUGGGAUGAAAGGCUCUAUGUCUGGUCCUGUUUGUGAAAACACAUUUAUGUUUGAUGAGAAGACUGUGGAAUUUCGAAGUCCAGAGCCCCUGGUCAAAAAUAUGGCUUGUGCUGGGGGAAGAAACAAUAAAACAUCAUUCCUGUUACAAACAGAGCAAUAUUGUUUAAGGAAUAGAACAAUAACUAAUGAUUCUCUUGUGGAGCAUUUUUUAAUGGGAUCCCCAAGCAAAAAUAGGAUUUGUGAGCCCACUAGUAUGGUUAGUAAAAAUGAAAGUGGAAUAGCUGUCAGUGAGACAGAAAAAAUAAAUAAAGUAGCAAUUCAAAAUGAUUCUAAAAACCAGAUUCUUCCUGUGAAACACCAUGAUACUCAUCCAGUGAACCAGUGGCUGGAAAAACAAUGUGGUAAACAGCCAGAUGCUUGUACUACACAGAAAAAAAUAACAGAGGCAAAAAUGCCUUGUGAGGUAGUCAGUAGUUGUAUGCAUAGAGUCAUAAAUGUUGCUUCUAGCAAAUGUGAAACUGUGAAGUCUAAUAGUGAAGAAAGUAAAUCCAAUCAUUCUCAAGCAUUAGGAAGUAGUAAAAGAACUGAGGUACCUAGUGGAAUAUUUCAGUCAGUGGGAAUAUUUGGGAAAUCAGGAGGUCAGCAUGAAAAAUUUUUAAAUUCUUCUAGAAUGCAAGAAAAAACAACAAACAAAAAUGAAAAUAAUCAUGCUUCCAAUUUAGGUUUAGUACUGUGUGAUUUUAAAGAUAGUUUCUACCUAGAUACUCAGUCAGAGAAAAUAAUUCAGCAGAUGGCAACUGAAAACACCAAACAAGGAGCAAACAACACCAACCUUACAGCAAGAAAAAGCUCAGACAGACAGAACUCACUGGGCUCUUUUCAGAAAGAGUUUCCUGUCACUUCCAGUGAGCAGCAUCCUCCAGGAGUGACGAGCACAGCCCAUUCAGACCCUAAGACUGUAGUCAUGGAGGAGCAAAGCACCAAACAUGGGGUUGAUAGCCCAACUCCAGAAAGCCCAAUUUUUAAUUCUCCAAUACUAAUAGAGGAAAAUGGACCUUGUUUUAAAGGAUGUGAAACUUCUGUUACUGACUCCCAAUUAAAUAGUUUUCUUCAAGGUUAUCAAACACCUGUGACUGUGAAGUCAGUCCUACCUGUGCUGCCUCCAAAGAGAACUCCCCCUGAUAUGAAAGGAGACUGUCUGCUAGAUCCUGAAACAAGCUUGAAUAUGAGUGACAGUUUUCUCUUUGACAGUUUCAGCGAAGACUUCCUAGUAAAAGAACAGCCACCUGAUGGGCAAGCAAAAGAACUCCUUCCUUCUGAAAUAACGUCAAACCGUGUCAGUGAUUCUCUGUGUCUGCAGCAAGAGGAUCCAGCUAAAACAUCAAGUAUGGAUAAACAUCAAAAUGUUCAGCAGCAGUUAACUUGUUUCAAUAAUGAAUCUAUUAUGUUUUCAGAAGUAGAUUCUGCUCAGAUGAUUGAAGCUAUGGACAAUGCCAAUGUAGCUUCUGUCCAAGAGAAACACAAUACUGAAGUACCUUUUAGAGCAUUAGAACAAAGUGAUUCAGUGAUUAAAGAUAAUGGUCACCCCCAUGGAGAGGUAAUUGGAGGACAUCAAGACGAAAUGGCUGAAAAGUCCACGUUAACUGAGACAAGGCCAAAUAAUGCAUUCAUAUGGUCAGGGGCGUCCUUUGAUUUAAGUCCAGGAUUGCAACAGAUUUUAGAUAAAGUGUCCAGCCCUCUAGAAAAUGAAAAACCAAAAUUAGUGACUGUACACUUACCUAGAUUGAAAGGACAAAGUACUGAGUUAAAUGAGAGACCAGAAAUGAUUUCAAAUUCAGAGACAUAUCAAUCUCAGGGAAUUUCACCUUCCUGUAAUAAUGGAGUAAAAAGCAAAAUGGAUGCACCAGAGAACAAGGCCAGUCACGGUGAAAGUCCAUCCCUCUUGCCUUGUAAAGAAAACUCAGUCAUCGAUGCUAAUGGUCUCAUUCCUCCUACACCCAUUCCAGUAUCUGCUUCUAAGCUGGUCUUCCACGAGAUUCUUGGACCUUCUGUAAAACCUUGUACAAAUAAUGCUUUACAGCUUGGUGAAGGUUAUUCAUUUGGGUCACCUUCAGAUAUGAAAAGCCAUGGCUUAAGUCCAGAGAGUAGGAGUCGUUUCCAAGGUGAUGGUCCUGUUAGACACACAAGUGUUUCACUCCAGGUGUCACAGGAUAGCUUGCAGUUAACUCCAGUCUCCUGCAGUUCAGAAAGUUUGGCUAUAAUCGAUGUAGCAAGUGACCAGACUCUCUUUCAGACAUUCAUUAAGGAGUGGCGGGGCAAACAACGGUUUUCUAUCGCACUGGCCUGUGAAAAGACAAGAAAUCUGACGUCCUCUAAAGCUGUUACUAUUGGUGAAAGGUUUAAGCAAGCUCGCUUACAUCAGGAAACCCCGGUUCAAGAUGAUAGAUUUUUUGUUCAAGGCUCAGAUGACACACUAGUGGUUGGACUGGCAGUGUGCUGGGGUGGAAGAGAUGCAUAUUAUGUUUCACUGCAGAAGGAGCAGCAGCAUUCUGAAAUUAGUGCCAGUUUGGCCCCACCUCCUCUGGAUCCAGCCCUGACUGUGAGAGAAAGGAUGUGGCACCUUCAGUCAUGCUUGCAAAAGGAAUCUGAUAAGGACCGCUCUGUUAUCAUCUAUGAUUUUAUCCAGAGCUAUAAAAUUCUUCUGCGGUCCUGUGGCAUCUCGCUGGAGCAAAGUUAUGAAGAUCCUAAGGUCGCAUGCUGGUUAUUAGAUCCAGACUCCAUGGAGCCGACUCUUCACAGUAUGGUCACCAGUUACCUUCCUCAUGAGCUCCCACUUCUAGAAGGCCUGGAGACCGGACCUGGAAUUCAAAGCCUGGGGCUGAAUGUGAGCACUGAGCAUUCUGGGCAGUACAGAGCAUCUGUAGAGUCCAUUCUCGUCUUCAACUGUAUGAACCAACUCAACUCUUUGUUGCAGAAGGAAAACCUUCAAGAUAUUUUCUACAAAGUGGAAAUGCCUUCCCAGUACUGCUUGGCCUUGCUAGAACUAAAUGGAAUCGGCUUUAGUACUGUGGAAUGUGAAAGCCAGAAACACAUCAUGCAAGCCAAACUGGAUGCGAUUGAGAUGCAGGCCUAUCAACUAGCUGGCCACAGUUUUUCCUUCACCAGUGCAGAUGACAUUGCAGAGGUUCUGUUUUUGGAAUUGAAGUUGCCGCCAGAUGGAGAGACAAAAAUCCAAAGCAGCAAGAAAACCCUGGGCUCCACCAGAAGAGGGAACGACCGGGCAUACAAGCAGAGGCUGGGGAGACGAUUCAGCACCAGCAAGGAUGUUUUAAAUAAAUUAAAGGAAUUGCAUCCUUUACCAGGCUUGAUACUGGAAUGGAGAAGAAUUACGAAUGCUAUUACCAAAGUGGUCUUUCCGCUGCAAAGGGAAAAGCGUCUGAAUCCUUUUCUCAGAAUGGAAAGAAUCUAUCCUGUGUCACAGUCACACACAGCUACAGGGCGAAUAACCUUUACAGAACCAAAUAUCCAGAAUGUUCCAAGAGAUUUUGAAAUCAAAAUGCCAACCCUUAUAGAAGAGAGCCCCCCUCCCCAAGCCCUAGGCAGAGGCCUGCUGCCCAUGGGCAGAGGACAGAAUAAGAGUUGUGUGCAGAAGCCUGGGCCCCAGGCGCAGAUGGAGAAGGCUUCAGACAGAGGGAUGCCAUUUUCAGUGAGCAUGCGACAUGCUUUUGUACCUUUCUCAGGUGGUUUAAUACUGGCUGCUGAUUACUCUCAGCUUGAACUGAGGGUCUUGGCUCAUUUAUCCCAUGAUCGUCGUCUCAUUCAAGCAUUAAAUUCUGGAGCUGAUGUUUUCAAGAGUAUUGCUGCAGAAUGGAAGAUGGUUGAGCCGGAGUCUGUUGAGGAUGAUCUGAGGCAACAAGCAAAGCAGAUUUGCUAUGGAAUCAUUUAUGGAAUAGGAGCUAAAUCUUUAGGAGAACAGAUGGGCAUUAAAGUAGAUGAUGCUGCUUGCUAUAUUGACUCCUUCAAGUCCAGAUACACAGGGAUUAGUCGCUUCCUGAGAGAGACAGUGAAGAACUGUGAAAGAGAUGGGUUUGUUCAGACCAUUUUGGGAAGGCGUAGAUAUCUGCCAGGAAUCAAAGACAACAACCUUUAUCGUAAAGCUCAUGCUGAACGUCAGGCCAUUAACACAACAGUCCAAGGAUCCGCAGCUGAUAUAGUCAAGGUGGCCACAGUUAACAUUCAGAAGCAGUUGGAGACCUUCCACUCAGCCUUCAAAUCUCACGGCCAUCGGGAGAGCGUGCUCCAAAGAGAAGGCACAGGAUUAGUACCCAAGAGAAAGCUGCCAGGGAUGUUCUGCCCAAUCAGAGGAGGCUUCUUCGUCCUUCAGCUCCACGAUGAACUUCUUUAUGAAGUAGCAGAAGAGGACAUUGUUCAGGUAGCUCAGAUUGUCAAGAAUGAAAUGGAGAGUGCCAUAAAACUUUCUGUGAAACUGAAAGUGAAAGUGAAGAUAGGUGCCAGCUGGGGAGAGCUGAAGGACUUUGAUGUAUAAUCUGCACCUGACGUGGUCUCCUGAGAAGCUUGGUGCAGAUAGAGCCAGCAGGAAAAGAGAGACUGCCCUUUCACCUGCUGGCGAGGACAAAGUGUGAGGUCAUGGUGGCUGCAGGAUGGAAAUCUAUAGUGAGAGUUUCAGAAUGUGUAUCAAGGUCUGCUCCCUGUGGUGUCAAAAAAGAUUUUAAGGGAAGAGCUGGAGGUGAAGUACCAAGUAUAAUGCUUAUAUUCACCACAGAGAGUACCUGUGAGUUGGUAUCAAUGAAUUUCAUAAUUUAUUGUGCCUCUAAAUGGGUGCAGAACAUAUGCUUGAAAUAUGCACUUAGCACUUGGAGUCCUUAUCUGUCUCAGUUGGACAUGAAAAUGGAGCCGCUGCCUCAGGGGUAUUUGCUGUCUUGUCCCGGGUGCAGCACUCAUGACAGAGAGCCAACAGGAGCCGCAGGCCGAGAAGGGUUUGGUUUCAUUUUUACCUCCAGGGUUAAGCAUGGUGUGCGAUCUUUUCCCUUCCAUCUUAAAACUUCUGAAGUAACAUUGGCUGCAAUAAGGUAAUAGCACUUAAUACGGAGGGAAGUCCUUUUCCAUGGGGUGUUUCUUACUCCUUUUUCUUCCUCAGGUCAGACAAUGAAAAUAUUUGGAAUAUUUAUGUAUUAAAAAUGAGCUGUACCUCUGUAAGAGGUGUCCGGCUGCGUCAGCUGAGGUAUUUAUUGCAGAUGAACAUAGUACACCCCUUUGUCAGUGCCCCCGUGCCUUUGUGUGUGUGACUGGGAGUAAUAUCCCUGCUGAAAAGAUUGAACAUCGUAAUCCCAGUCAGAGGUGUAGAGCUGACCUUUUUGCUGUUUAAAUAAAUUAAUUCAUGAGAAACUUUA